AUGAUAACGGCUUCAUCAUUUCCUAUUGCCAUUCAGGAACUAAGGACCGAGGACCCUGAGCAGCCAGACCCUUCCCAGAUAGAGGUGGUCUCUGUGACAGAGGAGGACCUGCCCAAAGUCGAGACCCCCAACACUCUUAAUGUCAGCCCCCUGGGCAGCUGUGCUGCGAUCGAGGAACCAGAGGCCGAUUCCCCCAACCCCACCGAGCCCCACCCGCAGACCUCACGCAGUCCCGGUAUGCCCAUCACCAAGGUGCAGCCGUUCAUCGACGGUGAGUCGGGGUCUUCAGAGGAGGACCUGGAGAAGAGCUGGAGGACUCGUAUGCUGGCUCAUCGUACGGAGCUGCUGAUCGCGGUCUGCCUGGUCACGCUGAUCGUCCUGACUCUCUGCAUCGGCCUCGGAGUGGGUCUGAGCUGUGUGGGCAGGUACCGCUGUGGCUCCUCCUCUCAGUGUUUCAGCUCCUCGGCUCGGUGUGAUGGAGUGAUGCACUGUGACAACGAGGAGGACGAGCUGGGCUGCGUGCGUCUCAGUGGGAGGAGCUCUGUGCUGCAGGUUCAGAGGAGAGGACAGUGGAGCACCGUCUGUUCGGAGGACUGGAAUAAGAUUCUGAGCCUCUCAGCCUGCAAGCAGCUGGGUUAUUCCAGGUUCGUGAAUUCCUUCUUCGUGUCUGUGACCUCCAUCGAGGCGGACCUGCGGAGCAGCCUGGUAUCCCUCAACUUCAGCGAGUCUCACGCCAUCAAGCUCCAGAAUGUAAAAUCCUACAGUAAGACUGAGUGCAGCUCAGGGAUGGUGACCACUCUCAAAUGUCUGGAGUGUGGCUCCAGGCCGCAGCACAGCACUCGCAUUGUGGGGGGGAACAGCUCCAGACCGGGUCAGUUCCCCUGGCAGGUCAGCCUCCACUUCAGGAGCGAACACCUGUGUGGAGGCUCCAUCAUCACGUCCCGCUGGAUCCUCACCGCAGCGCACUGCGUCUUUGGCUUCAACAGCCCCUCCCUGUGGACGGUGUACGUGGGGCUGACGGAGCAGCCCCUGGACAACGCCCAGUCUCUGGCUGUGCAGAGCAUCGUGCACCACGCUCGAUACAAGGACACCGCUCUGGACUACGACAUCGCUCUGCUCAAGCUGGCCAAGCCGCUGGUUUUUAACGGCUUUGUGGAGCCCAUCUGUCUCCCCAACUCCGGAGAGGAGUUUGCAGAAGGCAGCGUGUGCUGGAUCUCCGGCUGGGGAGCAACAGAGGAUGAAGGAGAAGCCAGCGUGUUUCUGCGUUCAGCGAAAGUAGCGCUCAUCUCCACCAAGACCUGCAACCGGCCGGAGGUUUACCGAGGCCUCAUCUCCCCCUGGAUGAUCUGCGCGGGAUACCUGGAGGGAGGGGUGGACUCCUGUCAGGGGGACAGCGGGGGUCCUCUGGCCUUCGAGGACGGCUCAGUCUGGAAGCUGGUCGGGGCGACCAGCUGGGGGAGAGGCUGCGCUCUGAGGAACAAACCUGGAGUUUACACACGAAUCACACAGUCGCUCAGAUGGAUCCACCAACAGAUGGAGAGAGAAGAGGCUCACACUUCUGCUGCUAUGACACCAGACUGACUGAAC